AUGAAGUUCUGUGCCGUUCUGGCCGCUUUUGCCGCCCUGGCCUCUGUGGGCCAGGGCCGCACCGCACUUCGCACGGGACGAUCCCGGGCCCAAGCGUUGCGCGCCGAGGAGGAAGAAAACCCUUGCCCUGGAGGACAGCCGAAUCGCUACCCCUCCGGGCUUGACAAGAGCUACACGAUCAUUGGCAAGAACAAGCUGGAUUCCAUUUGGGACACUACGAAGCUGCGUGAGGCCUUGGCCAAGGAGGAGCAAUGGAAGAUCGGUCAGCCGUGGAUCCUCAAGGCGACGUUCACGAACAACGGGCCCACCAGCCGCAGCUUCGGCUUCCAGGGCGGCGAGGACAAAGGCUUUUUGGACAUCGUGGUGCCUGCCGGCUGCGUGGAUUGCGUCCUAAGCACACAGGCCCGGGUCUUGUCCUCGGCUCAACACACGGAGUUCCAGUACCGAGACGACAAGCCCUUCACCAACGGUGAGGUCACCAUGAGCGGCAUCUGUCUGACUCCCCAGGUGUGCAAGGGCUUCAAGUGCCCCCAUCCGCUCACGCAGAAGCUCAAGGGCGAUGAGGCUUUCGGGUGGUCAGAGAGUGCUUGCUGCGAGCCCAGGUUCUGCAAGGAUGAGGUCACUUGCUCACCGACGAGCCAGUGGGAACCCCGCAAGGACUUCGACACCCGCAUGGGCUCCACCCCGCAGGCUUGCUGCACGGCCAAGUUCUGCCCUUCGGAUUUCUGCGACAACAUCACGGGUUGGGAGAAGCACCCGGCGACGGGUCUGAAAGGAAGCAGCAAGGAGGAGUGCUGCAUCCAGAAAGAGUGCAUGGAUUGGACUUGCUCCGACGUCAACAUCAUGAAGAAGAAGUCCAUCACCGUCAUCGACCAGUCGACGGGCAAGGAGACCACCCUCAAGGGCUGGAGCGAUGUGGAGUGCUGCGAGGAGCACCACUGNNAGUCCCUUUGGAAGCUCAAAGACAAGCCUGCAGAGAUCCGUGGAGUGCAUCUCGAGGACUGCUGUGACCCCCUGCUGUGCUCCGACUUCACUUGUCCCAAGAACACCGAGUGGAGGCCCAAAGUCCAGUCAGCCGAG